AUGAAAAAAAUUAAGCAUCGUGCACGGCAAGUUCCACAGGAUUCCUCACAAGGAGGAGCAAGGCGUCAUUAUCUGGAGGAUGAUGAGGAAGAUGUCAUGUCGAAACGAUUUCGUGCAAGCCCGAGGAAUCGAAGCGGUAGAGCAACAAACGCAUCAGUAACAGCAUUGACAUCCAAUUGUAGCACAUUUUGCUGUGGGUUAUUACUCAUCUGGGUCAUUCUCAACAAGGGAUUACUCUUCAAGUCCUUCUGUCGAUCCAUGACACUCCGAAUUCAAUCAUCGCCAGAGUAUGAUUCUUUGGAUGGAAGAUUAUGGCGAGGUUCCAUUUCGAAAGAGGCCGAGACAGAAAGUCUCGCCUCCACGGCGACGAUCGAAGUGGUAGUCUCGCACUGUAAUCUCCCUCUUGAUUGGAUCUCGGCAUGGACCGCAGAAUCUUCUGCAAAACAUUCCAUAUCUAACAUUACCAUCAUUUCUAAAUGUGACCAGCCGGUGGUAGGAGCACCAUCCAAUGCCAAAAUUAUGAGACUGCGAAAUGUAGGACGAUGCGAUCAUACCUAUGCUCACUUUAUAGCGGAAAACUAUAAUCGAUUCGUAGAAGAGGAGGAUUCAGAAGAUGAAGAUGGUAAUAAUUCCCAUUUUGUGAUAUUUCUAAAGGACAGUGACAAUUCAAAUCGAAAUCAUUACACCAAGCAUCGCAGUCUGAAUGAAAUGCUGCAAAUCAGCAAGAAACUGGGGUUUUCCUGCCAUGAGGAACCUAGUUGGAUAUGGGGUCAGCAAAGUAUUCUGAAGAAGCUUGCUCAGCCUAUUUGCCAGAUCUCGGCCUAUCACAACUGGACUGUGCUUCAAGACUAUACUCUGAACAUGUAUGCAAGGCUUCGUCGAGAUGAUAACUCAGCUUUUGCCAGCCAAUCUGGAUCUACAUUAGGAGAGUAUGCUGCUACCGUUGGCAUUCAACCACCAACUAGUAGUACGCCCAUAGUGCCUGUCUGCUAUGGCGGCAAUUUCAUGGCACAACGAAGUCAGUUGAAGCGUCGUUCAAAAGCCUUGUGGCAGCACAUCGAGACAUCAUUGAGUCGAGCAGACAAUAUUGCUGAGGGCCACUUUGUCGAACGUCUCUGGGGAACCUUGCUUUCACAACCGACAAACGCAAAAAUGAUGGAAGCAAUCUUACGUCAGCAAAGCGAUUCUUGCCUUGCGGACAAGAACUACGUUGGAAUAUUGACAAAAUGA